AUGUCCACUUACAACCACACCCUGGGCUCUUCCUCUGCCAAGGAGCACCAUCGCGCCCAGAUGCCCUUCACCCCGCCCCACUCGACCCGCUCGGCAUUUGCCGAGCUGCCGCUGACGCAGAAGGACCCGCCGCGGAACAAGCCGGGGGUCCCGGCGGGGAAGCGCUCGGCCUCGGCCCACACCGACGAUUCCGGGAGCGAGUCGGGGUCGGAGUCGGACGACGAGGGGUAUGACGACUCGGAUGCGGGCUCGGAGCGCGGGCGGCCGUACGCUGCCCGCGAGCCGGCGGGUGUGCCGGCGGCGGCGACGGGCAGCAGCAGCACCAGCCCGGACCCGGAGGAGGCGUUCACCGCCGAGGACUCGCCCUUCGCGACGCUCGAGCCCGGCCUGGCCUGCGAGUCCCAGCACGCGAUCUACGACCUCGCCGGCGCCAUCACCCACGCGCUCACCGAGUAUCGCCAGCAGUUCGAGCGCUGGGAAGCCACCCCCAACCCCCCGCGCUCGGUCGUCAGAGCGAGCAUCCUCAUCGACCAGGCCUUCGCCCGGUUCAUCUUCGCCCUCGAGCCCUUCAAACACACCGCCAAGGCCGUCCACUCGCUCGCCCACCUGAUCAGCGAACUGGGCUCGUUCCUCACCCAGCAUCGUCUGACCGACAGCACACAACUAUGGAACGGUCUUGGCCGGCUGGCCGACGAGAUCUCCCAGGCGGAAGACGGGCUGGGGGGCGGGCUGCAGGAGAUCGGGGAGCUGAACGACUGGGUGGAUGCGCUGCUGACGCCGGCGCUGGCGGAGGUGAAGUUCCUGCGGCUGCAGCCGGCCGACCAAGUGAGUGCGAUCCUGGACGUCCACUCGUACCUGUGCGACUCGCUCGCCCGGGCCGCCCAGAUCCUCGCCGUCUUCCGCGCCGGGCUCGCCCACACCGCCCGGGCCAUCGCCGGCCUCCAGGCCGCCCUGCUCGACCACCAACCCGGAUUCCCGCUCGAGCAGACCAUCCAGUGGUCCGCCACCGCCGCCGCAUCGCUCUCUGCCACCGCCGACGCCAUCGCCCUCUUCUGCUCGAUCUCCGACUACAUCCAAGCAUCCUCCCGGGCCGGCCCCGCCGCUGCCACCGCCCCAGACUCCAAUCCCCAUCCCUCCUGCCAUGCCAUCUCCUACUAA